AUGACUCUCCGCAGAGCUGAGCAGCACCUCGUAGUUGCCAAUCAGAAGGAGGGUGUCCACGUUCCUGUUAGGGAUGUUGAGGAACGUGAUUCCGCCGUACUUCUUGACGUCAAUGCCCCACAUGAUGGCGUCGCACUCGAUGGUGUGGGCAUCGAGCACGGCGAGCCUCACGUCUCGGGAGAGACCGAAGCAGUCCGUAGUGACGUCGAAGCAGAUGUCGAGGUUCGCGGUGUAUCGAGCUCGUUGGUAGCUGUUCGCAUUGUCGUGCGAUUCGACGUACCUCUUGUGGUGCAAGACAUUGCGACCCCUGAAGGUCAUGGUGAGGUAGCUCUGGCCCUCUCCCUUGGAGGUGGUGAUGUUCACCAUGUUCAUUCCCUCCGGCGUCACGAUGUCACCGUCGACGAAGGUAAGGUCCUUGCUGGACUUGAGGUAGCCGCUGUCGACGGUCUCAAGGACAAACAGAGUGCCGUUAGCCUCCACCUGCUUGAGCGAGGCAUUACCCUUCCCAUUGUAUGUGAAGUUCUGGAACCACACGGGGUCGCGCUUCAGCGAUUUCUCGGCAUCUUCGUCUUCGAACAUCGUUGCGAACGAGAUGUCCUUGAAAAGCGCCUUGGUAGCCACGUUCGUGAAGAUAUCCAUGUCGCCCGACUUGUUGAGGUAGGUGGUGGUCCACUUGCCGCUCUCGUCGAGGCUACCCACAGCGAGAUGGUACUCGUUGGGGCGCUGGAGCGAGCACACGAUGGUUUCCACAGGGUAGCUGACACCAACUUUCCUGGACUUGCCUUGAAUCUCGACCGUCCUGAUGAUGCGGCCGAUCCAGAUGUCGACGUAUCAUACGACGAGCUUUGCGAUGAAGACGUUGACGUAUCAUGGGACGACGAAGGGGUUGUCGUGUGCGAUGAUGACGGAGUGUGGGAUGACGAGGAUGUCUCCGAUGACGAAGCUGGCUUAUCAGAAGGCGACGACGCAUCCGAUGUCGAGGAUGGAGUGUCGGUUGACGGGGAGGCAUCCGACGACGACGAUGUAUCAGUAGACGCGGGUGCAUCCGAUGAAGCCGUUGUAUGGGAAGAUGAAGUUGACGCAUCAGUAGAAGCCGUAGUCGUAUCAGAAGACAUCAGAGUAGCAGAUGAUGACGCAUCAUACAACGAAUUAUACCAUGAUGACCAUGAACUACCACCAGAUGAACCCGUUGCCGUAUCAUUUGACGUCGAAGUAUCCGAUGACGACGGGGCAAUGGUUGACGAGGACGUGUCCGAUGACAAUGAUGAUGUAUCAGUAGACGAGGUCGAAGCGGUUGUCGUAUCAGUAGACGGCAGCGUAUCAGAUGAUGGUGCUGAUGCGCCGCUGUGUUCGCCGUCGUCUAUAUCCAGCAAGCCAUCGUCCUUAUCUUUGGAGCUGUGGUGGCGACCCUCCUCUACAUCGGUAUCAAACUCGUCGUCAAUGCUCAGGAAGUCAUCAAAACCAAUUUUGGGCGGCUUGUUUACAGAGGCUGGCGUAUCGACUGGUUUCGACGGCUUUGCCUCUACAAUAGUCGGUCUGUCAACUUUGACGGAGCUUUGCCUCUCAGAGAUUGCCUUCAACCUAUCACGCAUUUGCUGA